UUGACAGAGAAAAACAAGAGGGAUAGGUUAAAGUGGUGUAUAUCUAUGCUUGACCCACUGAGUAUUCCCAAUGACCCAAUGUUUAAAGGACUAUUCGAUUUUGUUUUCAUUGAUGAGAAAUGGUUCAAUAUUACAAGGAAAACUGAGAGAUAUUAUACGAUUCCAGGAGAAGAUGAGCCCACACGGACUUGUAAAAACAAGAACUUCAUUCCUAAGAUCAUGAUUUUGACUGCUCUUGCUCGACCAAGAUUUAAUUCUGAUGGAAAUUGCACAUUUGAUGGUAAAAUUGGGUCCUUCCCUCUCGUGACAUUCGAACCAGCUAAGAGAUCAAGUGUCAACCGGCCUGCAGGGACAUUGGAGAUGAAGCCGAUCGAAUCUAUUACAAAGGAAGUCACUCGAACAUUUCUGAUUGAAAAGGUCUUACCUGUGAUUCGUGCUAAAUGGCCAUGUGAAGAUGCAAACAAACCCAUAUAUAUACAGCAAGACAAUGCUCGACCUCAUAUUGCACCUAAUGACAAAUUAUUUUGUGAUGCUGCCAAGCAAGAUGGGUUUGAUAUUCGUUUGAUAUGUCAACCUGCAAAUUCACCUGAUUUUAACAUUUUAGAUUUGGGUUUCUUUAAUUCUAUUCAGUCAAUUCAGUACAAGACAACAGCAAAAACAACAUCAGAACUUGUAGCUGCUGUUGAUAAGGCUUUCCAGGAAUAUUCGGUGCGUCAGUUGAACAGAAUUUUCUUGACACUUCAUCUUGUUAUGAAGGAAGCCAUGAAAGAUGGAGGUGGCAAUGGAUACGAUAUUCCACACAUAAAGAAAGGGAUGCUAGAAAGACAAGGACAACUUCCUUUGCAGAUUAGAUGUGAUGUCUCAUUGGUACAGGAGGCUAUGGCGCAGAUCAAUGAAUAAUCCCAAGGUUUCUUCUUUGGUUGAGGCUUUUCUAGAAUUUGGAUGCUGAACAUGCAGCAGCAGCAUUGUUCUAUCAGAAAUCAACAAGCACAUGUAAAAUAUCAGCAGCAGCAUUGUUCUGUCAGGGACAUAAAUAGGAGUAAAUGAUGUCAAUGUAAACAUGUAAAGAUUUUGUCAAGUUUUCUUAACAUACUGAAGCAGCAUUGUUCUAUCAUAAA